AUGUCGUCUCCAGCACGGGCUCCACCUCAAGUGCGGAGCAUUCUUGCCCGCUGGAUUGCCACAGCGGAAGCUGGUCAAGUGCUGGAAGAUCAUGUAAUUAGCUUUGAGAACGGCCGGAUUUUGUCAAUUCUGCCAAAGGCAGAGUUUGGCUCCCAGCCAGACUUGCAUUUGCCGACUCAUGUUCUGAUCCCUGGAUUGAUCAAUGCGCAUACCCAUACGCCAAUGUCACUCCUGAGGGGAUAUGCAGACGACCUGCCCUUGAACGAGUGGCUUUUUCAGCAUAUUUUUCCAACAGAAGGCAAGUUCGUUUUUGAGGCACCGACAGACGAGGCCAAGGAGUUUGUGAAGCGUGGUUCUGAAUUGGCAUGCUAUGAGAUGUUGAAGACAGGGACCACCGUAUUCAAUGAUAUGUACUUUCAUGGAGACGCCACGGCCUCUGUUGCUCGGCAAGCCGGAAUGAAGGCAGUUCUAACUCAGGCUGGCUUGCUGUAUUUCGGGGAUGAUGCGGUGUUCACUGGAUUGGUCAAGCAAAACGUGGACUUUUGUUCAGGACUUUUGGCAUCCGGAGAUUCGCACAUCAGACCAUCGCUUUUGCCUCACUCAGUGUAUAUGGUGCCAGAAGAGAAACUCAAGGAAGUGAAGGCAGCAUAUGACAAUUGUGGAGGUCAUGUGGUUAUACAUACUCAUUUGCAUGAGACCAAGAAGGAAAUCGAAGAUGUGGCAAAAACAGGAAAGUCUGCAAUCGAAGUUUUAGACUCUGUGGGCCUGUUGAACUCUCGAACGGUUUGUGCACACUGUGUUCACAUGACGGAUGCUGAGAUCGAAGUCAUGGCUGCAAGAGGUGCCAAUGUGGCACACUGUCCCAGAAGCAAUCUGAAGUUGGGCUCUGGCAUAGCUCCCGUUGCUGACAUGUUGAAAGCAGGAGUGAAUGUGUGCUUGGGAACUGAUGGAGCAUCUUCCAACAACACUCUGGACAUGUUAACGGAGAUGCAGUAUGCCUCGAUGAUUGCAAAAGGAAGCACUGGGGAUCCAACAGUUUUGCCCGCCAAAGAAGUCCUGGAAAUGGCGACGAUCCGUGGUGCACGUGCUCUUGGUAUGGAAAAGGAGACUGGGUCGCUCCAAGUUGGGAAAGCUGCUGAUAUGGUGGCUGUUGACCUUGGAUGCAUUGAGGCAUCGCCAGUCUUUGACCCCUUGGGCCAGCUCGUCUACACGAACAGCCGGCAGGUCAGCCAUGUGUGGAUCGACGGGCGUUGUGUGGUGUAUGAAGGAAAUGUUCAAACACUGGCCGUGGACUUGGCAGCGACAGAAUCCAUUGUGUCAAAGCUGCGCGAGUUUAGAAGAUCUUUGCCUUCCAAAUGA